UUACGUCUGCAGUCAGCUGAUGUCCAUCCACCUGACUACAAUUAGCUAGGGCAGUGUUGGAAGCCUCGUCGUUUUGUCUGCUUGGUUAAAUAAAUGAUUGUGUUGUCUAAUGGUAUGAUGUGUUAAUGGCUGACGGCUUGGCUCGGUGCGUUUGUGCGAACCGACCGGCGGUUACAAACUGUUAGCCGAACUGUUAGCCGUUAGCUGCUAGCUAAACCACUGGAGCUUCAGGAAGAGACGAGUCGCUGCUCCUCGGAGGCUGUGAGGAUGGACAAGGUCGCAAAAGAUGUGGGUGAUAUCCAGUCCAGACUGCUGGACCACAGACCCAUCACUCAGGGGGAGAUCCGCUACUUUGUGAGGGAGUUUGAGGAGAAGCGAGGCUACAGGGAGAGCAGACUGCUGGAGAACCUCAACAAGAUGGUGGUGGAGACGAACGAGCAGGUGCUGCCCAAAUGUUCAGAGGCCAUGCACGAGCAGCUGUGUGACGUCAUCACGCGACUAGAGGCUGCUAAUCACAUGGCACAGAGAGUCCAGCAGAGGGAGCUAGAAGCACAGCAGAGCACCCAGCUGCAGACAAGCAUGGAACAGUGUAAGGAGGAGUGGGAGGAGUUCAUGAAGGAGCAGCAGAGACUGAAGGAAGAGGUGGACGAGGAGCACGCUAAGGCUGUCGGACAGCUCAGCACCCAGUACAGCGAAAUGAAGAAAGAGCUGACCAGAUUUUCACCCUUCUAAUCAGCCUGAUGUUAGUGAGGGAGUAAGUGAGAAAACACUCCCUCACCUACUGUAUGAACACUCGUAUUUAUGGACUGGUAGUGUGUUUCAUACACAUGAACAUGCAUCUGCCUGUGUGUGUGUGUGCGUGCGUGUGUGUAUGUGUGGCCAAUAAGGGCCUGUUCUGCAUGUGUGAAAUGAGGCCGUGGCCUUUGAUUGAUGUGGCACUCAGCGGCUGGCACAAACACAGAACGAAACGUAGGAGUUCUGCCCCUGCACUAGAGUCAACAUUUUCCAAAUCAGAAAUAUGAAAGUGUGAUUAACAGUGUGGCAUUUUCACAGGCCAUCAAAAUCACAAUUCCUGUCUUUAGUGCAUGGAAUAUGUACAGCAUGCAAAAGGUCUGGAGCAUGUCAUUUUUUUAAACAAGCAAUCACUUGAUUGUUCCUUGGCCGUGAAGUUUUCAACAUUUCAAGAUUUUUAAUGGAUUCCUGCCUGAAGGUACUGGUGAUAAAUUUGUACUGGCCUUGAGUUGAAAGGAAACUGGAAUUCAGCACCAGGACGAGAUAUUCCAAGCAUUGACAGCAAGAUCAUUAAGUGUUAGAGGUGCCAUUCAGAGCAGGUGUGUUUAAAGCGCAGGUCGAAUGUUGUAGAAACGGGCUCAAACAGAACCGUUUACAGAACAAAUUGUCCCUCACCAGCUCCUCAGUGUUUGGAACAUUUGACCUCUGACAUCAGCUUCAAGUAAACCAACCCUGUCUACACUGACUUACAUUACAAAAGCUCUUUGCUGAAGCCAGUUAGAACUGUCAGCAGCCAUUAAUCCUCAAUCCUUGUUUUUGUUGGUUUAUAUUUGCAUUGCCGCCGUGAAUCUGAUUUUAAUAUGCCACAAAUCCAAUAUUUCCAUUAAAAAAAAAAAAAACUGAACCAAAACUUAAACAAAAUGUAAAUUGUUUUUCUCUGAUUGUUUUUCAUAUUCCUUUUUCAUUUUAAUGUAUUUAAUUACACAUUGGAAAUAUGCAUUUGAUGCAUAUUUAUUGCUCUUUUAAAGGUCUUAUUUUUUAAAGUCUUGAUUAUUGCAAACAUGAUCUCACACAGAGGUUUAAUGUGUUGUUAGAAAUAGAUUUUUUUCCCAACCUAGUUAAAGCACAAUGAAACAUACCUUAUCGUCUUAUAACUCUCUGCUGGGUCCUGACCCCCGGGUGAGAACCUCGGAGGUAGAUGGUUGACACACUGCACUUUUAAUGAAGUGUUUUGUUUGGAAAAGCAUUUGUGCUGGACAAAGGCAGGCCAUUUGGACAGACUGAUGGAUGGGGUGGGCAUGCCAGGCACAUUCCUGGCAUGGCUGAGAACACAGUUCAUCUCAGACAAUGUGACAGGACAAAUAUUUAAGAUGCCCCCCCUAACUCUCUUCCCACUGCAGAGACACACAAACUAUCUAAUGUCCCAUUGUCAUCUGAGGAAGGGAGUUGAGAGCUGACCUCAUCCAUUAAACAAAAAAGUCUUGAAUGCUCCAACCUGCAUUAGUUCUUUUGAUUUAAGAAUAUGCAGCAGAAUUUUGAUACAUCUGACAGCGAGUUCGAGGAACUCAGUGUCAGUAUCCCUUUUCAGCAGAAGCUGAGGUGCACCUUGUUUUUUCCUCAUUUGGCUGGCAGUGACCUGCCCCCCUGUUCUGUCUCUUUCAGCUCUCAUGCAAGGCCACUCUGGCUGCUGUGUGCCUGUGCAUGCAUACUGUACCUGUGAGAGAGACUGUGAUGGCUGGCGUCAGAGCAGGACACGGUGGUUGGCAUGUCAUCGGAGAUCAGAGAGGGCACAGACAUGCCAGCAGAUGUUUUGAGGCAAGGGGCCAGCGUGCCUGUGUAUGUGUGUAUGCCUCUCCUCAGCCUCGGUGACUGGGCUCAGCUGCCCAAUGCGGAGACAGCCCAUCAUCAACUAACAAGGAGCGACAAUACGGAAAUGUGGCCUACCUUUGCCAACAAGGCACCUUUUCAUCUGCCCUUGUUUAUUUUUUCAGUUUCGUUGGAAAGAAAGAAAAACAGUCAGAGUACACGAAAGGUCACCGUUAAAGUCAUAUGAGUGUUAGCUAUUCAUGACUGGAGAGUCAUAAGCCUUUGCCUCUUAAGUACUUGGUAGACAUGAUAUUGUGAAGUACAGGAUUUUUACCUAUGAUAAUGAAUUUUGACUUGGUUGCUUCAUGUUAGAAUUUAAAAAAAGAAGUUGUCAUCCCUUUGAAUACAUUUUUGAAAGUGUCUGGCAGUCUACUUGAGUUUUUUUCUUGAUUACAGAGACAAAAUUACACCAGACUAAGGGAAAACAAAAAGUGGUUCUUCCAACAUUCAACUCCAGACAAGCAGGUGCGUGUGAGUUGCUAGAGGAAGGAUUUUAGCCAAUAGACACUUCAAAUAACCAAUCAAGCUGAUGACCAAAAGGUCACUGGUUCAAAUCCACAGACUAGCUGGAAACAUCUGUUAGGCCUGCCUGAAAGAGCAUUGCAUAAUGAACAACUAACACUGACUUGCCAUGGAGCAAGGCACUGAACCUCAGCUGCUCUAGUGGAGCUUCUUAGUGGACAACAGCGGCAGUCUUUAUCAGCACUGGGCAGCCACCCCAACCCACAGCUACCUCACGAUGCCACUUCCUGUCAGUGAGAUUGUGCUCUUGGUCAAGUUACAUAAUUCAAGGGGCAUUAAGUUGUCAAUGAGUUUUAUCAACCUCUAUUAGCAACCAAGGAACUGCAACAACAUCAACAGGUAGUUUUUGUUCCAAAAACAGAGAAUGGACAGGAAAGCAAGUUUUGAAAGGCAGGAAGCUUAGAACCUGCUGGACUAAUUGUCAGGACACUGUUAUUGAUCAACAACCUGUCAACCCCCCUCUGGUAUAUUAAGGUCAUUUGAUGAAAGAGACAGGAAAACAAAAUAUUUAAAGCACCUUUUCAAAAAGAGCAAAACAAUCUGAAAUCUUUUUAACAUCUUCGUUUUUCUUCUUUUAGGCAUUUCUGCUUUAUUAGACAGUCACAGUGGGGAAAGACAGGAAUGAUAGGGCAGAGAGAGGGGAUGACAUGCAGCAAAGGGUCCAGGUCAGAUUUUAACUGAGGAUGCUACAGCUUAGCCUUACUAUUGUGUGGAACGAUCUCAGAUCUUAACUCCAAGUCUAAGUUUUCUCAAUUUCUGUCAGCAACCAAGGAAUUACCACAUCAGCAGGUUUCAUCAACAGGUAGUUUUUGCUCCAAAAACAGAAUGGGCAGGAAAACAAGUUUUGAAAAGUCAGGAAGCUUAGCACCUGCUGAAGUAAUUGUUAAGGUACUGUUAUUGAUCGACAACCUGUCAACCCCCCUCUGAUAUAUUAAGGUCAUCUAAUGCGAGGGACAGGAAAAAAUAGUUGCCGCACCUUUAAAAAAGUUUAAAACAGUCUGUAAUCUUAACUAAUAUCUUAACCUCAAUGCUGUACAAAGCCCAAGUUACUUUCUAGAAUAAAUAGUUCUUACAUGGAACUAAUAUCAGACUGAUAUUAAGGGGAAAGCAUCUGGCAUGCCGCCCAUGCUGCUGGCACAGAAACUUCCUCUGAAGCAUGUGCACUUCCCAUCUUUUAAACGUCUAGAUAGGGCAGGCCAUACAUUCCGGGAAGACAACUCCAUGUGUAGGAAUGGGUCGGACACCGGCUAAAAUCUCCCCUUAUCACCCUGCGCAGCCUGCUGCCUCGUGUCUCUGGACCCCGGUCGGUUUGUUUUUCGUCUCCUGUGUCUAUCGGAGAGCAGUGUGUUCUUCCUGUUUUGAAGGGAGAGCUAGUGCACUCGGGCCACGGAGCAGCCGUUCCCCGUGCCAACAUAAAUGGUCAAGGAAACAGGCAGCACCCAGCUGGAGCCCCGUCCGACAAGGGGACAGAUUAGGGGUGUGGUCAUUAAUGCAAGUUGAUGCUGUGUUAUAAAAGAACAUACCCGGUCCACUGGAACAUACUGCAAAAUAUCACAGGGAUUCAUGCAAAGUGCAGAUGACAGAUGGAAAUCAGGGCAUUUACCAGUAAACAUCUGAUGUAAAUCAUUUUUGCCACUCAAUGCUUUCAAAUACUGGAAUUUAGAGGAAAGUGGGUGGAUUUAGAGUGGGUAUGUCCCAUGUCAGACAUUUCAUUCAGUUCAUCUUACCACAGAUACAGAAGGCUUCACAUUAAAAUACUAUACUCAUCUACACUACCCUGACAUCACACCAACACUUAGGCUUACACUUGGUACCCAUAUUUCCAUCCUACAGCAAUGAAUGCAAGUACUUAGAAUGGAGCUUUAAUCCAGUGUGCGGAUAAUCCCCCUUUUCUGAAUCACUUACAAAUUCAUGGGAGCCAAUCUCCAACUGUUAAUCCACCUCUGCUCCUGGUUCAUCCUGUUAUGUCUGACCAUCUUCAUUUCAAAUGCCUGAUCUUCCCAAUCCCUAGGCUCCCCUCGCUGCUCUGAGCAGUGCUUUGUAAAAACGGAUUCUCUUGUUUGUCCUCCCCUACAAAGCCAAAUUGUUGCCUUAGGUUUUCUCUAAAGGGUAAAUAAUUGUAAUAAUAAAGUGCUUUCUCUCA